AUGCGAUUUUCACCAUCGUUUUUCCGGCGCCGUUUGUUCCUCUGGUGGCGGAUUAGCUCAUGGUUGGUCUUAAUAUGUUCGUCUCUUCUUCCUUAUUAUGUAGAUACUGUUGGUGUUGUUCUCAUGGAGGGGGUUCCUCCUUAUUUGGAACCUGAUGUUAUUAUGAAAAGAAAGGGGAGAAACAAGCUAAAAAUCGAUUUUGGAUUGAGUGGUGUAAGUAAAUCUGAAGGCCCUAGGUCUGGAGUGAAUUUGGUGGAUUCCCUUUUGGAUGCUGAAUGUGAUGCGAUUUCUAUUGAGAAUAAGGGCUUGGGAUUGUCGAAUGGUUCUGAGGGUGCUGUGAUGGGAUAG